GCUCCUCCCCACUCAAAGGGGGUCAGAGCCAAAGACAGAAAAGUGCCUUGUUUCCUUUCCAGGGUCCACUCGUGACCUCCUUUCCCCCGUGAUCGGGGGCCAAGCACAUCCGUGGGGCUGAGAGACAGCGAAGAGAGCAAGAUCCCUAGGGCUCUGCCAUGGUGGUCCUACACUAUUACCAGCGGCCAACGGAGGCGGAAAGUGCCCUUGGCAGCCUUCUACGUUCAGCCCAAGCCACUUUGGGAAAUGCUGUCCAAGCGGUACAGAAGGAAGUGUGCUUCAACGUCAACUGGACAGGGUCAGCACCCCCAAAUGCCCAGGAGAUGGAGAUGCUGCAAUGGGUCUUUGGCUGCCCCUUUGAACAGGGUGACAUUGCAAACAAAUCCUUUCUCAGUCCAUCCCCUUCUGAUUUACUGGUAGAGAUUGGCCCUCGGCUGAACUUCUCCACUGCAGCUUCGACUAAUGCUGUGUCGGUGUGCAAGGCAGCUGGGCUAGAAAAAAUUGACCGGAUUGAAUGUUCUCGUCGCUACCUCUUCAAGUGUGACCAGACUCCAACACCAUCCCAGGAGGCCACCUUGGUAUCUUCACUGUAUGACCGGAUGACUGAGCAAUGCUACCCAGAACCCAUUGAUAGCUUUGCUGUUGCAACCCGUCCGGAACCUGUGUUCGAUGUUGAUAUCCUUGGAGAAGGGAGAGCUGCCUUGGUCAAAGCAAACAACCAACUUGGUCUGGCCUUUGAUUCCUGGGACCUGGAUUUUUACACUGCUCUUUUCCAGAAACUUGGCAGAAAUCCCACCAGCGUGGAAUGCUUCGAUCUAGCGCAAUCAAACAGUGAACACAGCCGGCAUUGGUUCUUCAAGGGCCGCCUCUUGGUGGAUGGAACGGAGAUGAAGGAGUCGCUUUUUGAGUCCAUCAUGAAGACGCAGGAGCACAGCAAUCCCAACAAUGUGGUCAAGUUCUGCGACAACAGCAGUGCAAUCCAGGGCAGGGAAGUUCUUUCAUUGUGGCCCAGUGACCCCUCCCGCUCCAGCCCCUUUGAGAAGCGCACCUCCACCCGGCAUGUCAUUUUCACAGCCGAGACACACAACUUCCCCACUGGCGUUGCCCCUUUCAGUGGUGCCACCACAGGGACUGGCGGGCGGAUUCGAGAUGUGCAAUGCACCGGGCGCGGAGCCCACGUGAUCGCUGGCACAGCUGGCUACAGCUUUGGCAAUCUCCACAUCCCAGGAUACUCAUUACCAUGGGAGGAUUCGUCCUUCCCUUAUCCUGGCAACUUUGCCCGACCUGUGGAGGUGGCCAUUGGAGCCAGUGACGGUGCUUCCGAUUAUGGCAACAAAUUUGGAGAACCUGUGCUGGCAGGCUUUGCUCGCUCUUUUGGGAUGUGUCUGUCAGAUGGCGAACGGCAUGAGUGGAUCAAACCAAUCAUGUUCAGCGGUGGCAUUGGGGCAAUGGAAGAUACCCAUGUGCGCAAGGAAGUCCCACAACCAGGUAUGGAUGUAGUAAAGGUUGGAGGCCCUGUCUACAGAAUUGGUGUUGGGGGUGGAGCUGCUUCUUCCAUCCAGGUGCAAGGUGAUAAUGCCAGCGAGCUUGACUUUGGAGCAGUGCAGCGUGGCGAUGCUGAGAUGGAGCAGAAGAUGAACCGGGUCUUGCGAGGCUGUGUGGAGAGUGGCGAGGACAAUCCCAUUUGCAGUUUGCAUGACCAGGGUGCUGGAGGCAACGGGAACGUUCUGAAAGAGCUGAGUGAACCGGCUGGAGCGGUGAUCUAUUCAAGUCGUUUCCAGCUGGGAGAUCCCACUCUGAGUGUCCUGGAGAUCUGGGGGGCCGAAUACCAAGAAUCGAAUGCCCUCUUGCUACGUCCCCGCCAUGCGGACUUCCUGCAUCGCCUGGCCCGCCGUGAACGUUGCCCGGUUGACUUUGUGGGCAGGAUUACAGGCGACGGACGGAUUGUGCUGGUUGAUGACACCAAGUGCCCUGCAAGCGAGACUGAGGUGGCCAAGGGGCAGGUGGGAGAGAGACCCACACCUGUGAACCUGAGGCUGGAAUGGGUUCUGGGCAAGAUGCCACGCAAGGAAUUUGUUUUGAACCACAUGAACCGAGCCCUCCGACCUCUGGAUCUUCCCCAAGACCUGAGUGUGGUGGAUGCCCUUCAUCGUGUGCUGAGGCUACCGGCUGUGGCUAGUAAACGAUACCUGACCAAUAAGGUUGAUCGUUCAGUGACGGGGCUGGUGGCACAACAGCAAUGUGUGGGUCCCCUCCACACCCCAUUGGCGGACGUGGCUGUGGUGGCCCUCUCCCCCUUUGAGACGGUCGGAGGAGCCACAGCCAUCGGGGAGCAGCCUGUCAAGGGCCUCAUUGAUCCCGCUGCUGGGGCACGAUUGGCAGUGGCAGAAGCCCUCACCAACCUGGUAUUUGCUCGGGUUACUGACCUUAAGGAUGUCAAAUGCAGUGGGAACUGGAUGUGGGCGGCCAAGUUGCCGGGCGAAGGGGCAGCCUUGGCAGAGGCCUGCAGAGCCAUGUGCUCCGUCAUGAGCGAACUGGGGGUGGCUGUGGACGGAGGCAAGGACUCACUCAGCAUGGCGGCCCGUGUUGGCACCGAAACUGUUAAAGCACCUGGGACUCUGGUCAUCUCAGCUUACGCUGUCUGUCCAGAUAUCACUGCCACUGUCACCCCUGACUUGAAAUGCCCAGAUGGGAAAGGCAUCUUGCUUCAUGUGGCCAUCAGUCCUGAUCGGCAUCGCCUUGGAGGCAGUGCUUUGGCCCAGUGCUUCUCUCAGUUGGGACACCUUUCACCAGACCUGGACAACCCCGGUACUCUCGUCUCCUGCUUCCAAGUCACCCAGAGUUUGCUCCAAGACUCAAUGAUUUCUUCUGGGCAUGAUGUAAGUGAUGGGGGUCUCCUGACUUGCAUGCUAGAGAUGGCCAUUGCUGGGAACUGUGGUGCUCAAAUAGAGCUCGCCGCACCUGGAAUCAAUGCCCUGGAUAUGCUUUUUGCUGAGGAACUUGGACUGGUCCUGGAGGUGCCGCGUUCAACGUCAGCUGAAGUCUGCCGGCGGUAUCGUGAAUCCGGUGUGCGGUGUGUCCCUGUUGGAUAUUCAGGACCACGGGGUCCUAAUGCUGUUGUGCGGGUUACUGUGAACGGCCAGGAAGUGCUGGCAGAGAAAGUGGCCACUCUGCGGGGCUGGUGGGAAGCCACCAGCUUCCAACUGGAGAGACUGCAAGCCAACCCAGACUGCGUGGCCCAAGAAGAGACAGGGCUGACCAAGCGCACGGAACCUGGCUUUACUAUGACCUUUAAUCCUCAGGAAGAACUACCUCUGCUACAGGAGAUAGCCCUACCUGCCCCCAGAGUUGCCAUUCUUCGGGAGGAAGGGAGCAACGGGGACCGUGAAAUGGUGGCCGCAUUCCUCAUGGCUGGGUUCCAGGUUUGGGACCUCACCAUGGAAGACUUGUGUUCUGGAGAGAUGACGCUGGAUUCCUUCCGGGGCCUGGUCUUCGUUGGCGGGUUCAGCUAUGCAGAUGUGUUAGGCUCUGCCAAAGGUUGGGCAGCUUCGGUGACCUUCAACCCUCGGGCACGGGCUCAGUUCCAAGCGUUCUACCAGCGCAAAGAUACCUUCAGUUUGGGUGUCUGUAAUGGCUGCCAGUUGAUGGCAUUGCUAGGCUGGGUAGGAGUGGACACCCCCAAGGCCGAGGAUGAAGGUGGCACCGUCCAACCAGGGGUGCUGUUGAGUCCGAACAAUUCUGGGCGUUUUGAGUCACGUUUUGUGAGCCUGGGCAUUGAAGAGAGUCCAUCAGUGAUGUUGCGGGGCAUGGCUGGCUCCGUCCUAGGCAUCUGGGUGGCACACGGUGAAGGUCGAAUGCGUUUCCGUUCCCCAGAAGUCCUGACCAAGGUGCGCUCUGCUCGCUUGAUUCCACUACGCUAUGUGGAUGACCAAGGGCUGCCGACGGAAGAGUAUCCCCUCAAUCCGAAUGGCUCUCCAAUGGGCAUCGCAGGCAUCUGCUCUCCUGACGGCCGCCACUUGGCCAUGAUGCCUCACCCAGAGCGCUGCGUCCUUCCCUGGCAGUGGCCCUGGAUGCCCAGCUCCUGGCGCCAGUCCAUGAAGGUCUCGCCUUGGCUUCGCAUGUUCCAGAACGCUUGCGAGUGGUGCUUGCGUUAUCCGCAGGGCCAGCCCUGAGAUGGGUUUUCACUGUGACUGUUUUGUGCCCACUCACAAGCUGCCUUUGUACCACUAAACAGGAGAUGGAUUAGAUCAGAUAAAACUCACAGUAUCUUCCAAGGUGCUGUUAUAUUCAUCCACAAACCCUUCCAACCCUCUCCAAUAUUUCAGAACUUAGGAGAUUGUCCUUGAAAAAUUGACCUGCAAUUUUUCUGUUGAACACUGGACAAGGAGGAAUUUCAUUGGGACCAAGACAAUGUUCAGAGUACCAAUAAAUGAAAAUUGACUUUCACAA